AUGGAAACUUCCAUCGGCGAUGCUUCAGCAUUACAAAGUGAGCUCAACUCCAACCCAGUCCUUCGCGUUGACAAGUUGACUGAACAAAACAAACCAACAUUAACCAAACUGGCAAUAACACCCCAUUGCUACCGCUGUGGUGGGAACAAACAUAUGACACACAAUCGCUCAUACAAACACUAGAUUUGCUACCACUGUUGAAAAUAGGGCCACAUUCAGUGGGUUUGUUGUUCCAAAUAGCAAGGAAAGCCUAAGAAAGCAACCAAAACCCUGAGUUACAUGCUGUUGAGGUUGAAGUUGAUGCUUAUGAAGACAAUGAUGUUAUUUGCGUUGAUUUGGAUGUUGAUGGUAAACCACCUAAGAUAGAACUGGACUCAGGUUGGGCUGUGUCAAUCUUCUCGUUUGACCUCUACCAGCAGAAAUUUAACAGGCCUACCCUGAAAACCUACAGUGGGGAAAACAUUGUGCCAGUGGGAGUGCUCAAAAUACCCGUGGAUUACCAAACCCAAAGAGAGCUGCUAGACCUGUAUGUUGUGAAGAAUAAACGUCCUUCUUUCUUGGGAAAAGAUUGGCUCUCCACGAUACGCCUAGCCUGGUGUUCUAUCAAGUUGCUGCAGGCUUCACUAGCUACUUUAAGUCCCGGAGAGCGUUUGAACGUUAUGCUAAACAAGUACUCAGAUAUUUUUGAAAAAAACUGGGCAUCUUUACAUCAGCUAAUGCGAAGUUAA